AUGGCCGAUGAAUAUUGGAUUUCAAAGUUGGCGGCUGAGAGGAGUGGCGCGCAAGAGAAGACGCGGGGCGUGGCGGCGGCUGGCUACGCGACGGCCGGUUCGAGCCUAGGCGACGCCGGCAGUGGCGACCGCGUCGGCGGCUUCGUAGUCGACGACCGAGGCCUGAGCGAGGAGCAGCUCGACAAGAUCGAGCGGGAUGCCUACCGCGAGCUCGCGGAGCGCAAGGCCUCUCCUCCACCGCUCCCGCGACCUCGCCGCUGCCAAAUCCCGCCUUCUCGCCGGCGACCAGGGCCUCUUCGUGCGGGGAUUCGGCAGUGGGCGUCGGCGUGGGGCAUCACAUCUUCCGGCCGGUGUGAUUGGCAGGUGUCCUUGGCGGCGUGGUCAGCAUCUGGCCUCGGCAGCGGCAGAUCUGUGGGUUGCGCCGGUGUCGGGCAACACGGCAGGUGGUGGCUGCGUGCGGCGCUGCGGAUGGCAUCGGCAAGUCAGCCUGGCGAACGGCGGGUGGCCGUGUCCGUGGAACUGCUGGUUUCGCGGCAGGUGGGGUUAGCCCUGAAGACCCCACAUGUCAACCGUGAUUACUGCAUCAUAUCUCCUCACCUGAAGAACCCCGAAGAAACUGAUGAAUAUUUUGGACAUGUUCCAUGCCAUAAACUUGACAUCUGCAAGCUUAUUUUUGACAACAAAUGAACCGUCAAAGGAGAAUCAGCAUAGAGCCGAAGAUCUCUACUACCUCAUCUUCCAUGAUUUGAACAAAAUCAGGCCUUUGCCCAAUUCUCUGGAGAAGUUCAGGCCCAUGAUAACCCACAUGUGGCAAACUUGUUUUGAAGCUCUGGUUGUGCAUCCUCUCACUAGAAACUAAGUUAGCACAUGUUUGUAUAGCCGAUUAUUUAUUUAUUUAGUCUCCACGUACAUGUAAUGCAUAUUGCUUAUGAAUGUGUCCUUUGCAUUGGCAGUCGUGCAACAAAACAUAUCCUCAACAUGUUUGGAGCGCUUGAAUUAUUCAUGGCUUGUUAGCUUUUGUAAUUCACGCAUGGAACAAACGACUUGCAUAUUGUGCAUUAUUUCCUCCCAAAUUCAUAUUUUUCCUAA